CGGCGGGGGCGGGGCCGGGGGGGGCACGGCGCAUGCGCGGCGGCGCGGGCCGGGCCCGGGGCUGCCGGCGGCGGCGGCGGACGGGCGACUCUCGCUCCGGCGGCGCCAUGUCGGGGGCCGGGGGCAAGCGGGCGGCGGGGGAGGGGGGCGCCGGCCCCCCCGAGAAGAAGGCGCCGCGCGAGGAGCAGCCCCCGACCACCCUCAUCGAGCCCCUGCGCCUCGGCGGCAUCUCCUCCACGGAGGAGAUGGACCUGAAGGUGCUGCAGUUCAAGAACAAGAAGCUGGCGGAGCGGCUGGAGCAGCGGCAGGCCUGCGAGGACGAGCUGCGCGAGCGCAUCGAGAAGCUGGAGAAGCGCCAGGCCACCGACGACGCCACCCUCCUCAUCGUCCACCGCUACUGGGGACAGCUGGAGGCGGAGGUGCAGGCGCUGCUGCGGCGGGGGGAGGGGGCCGGCGGCCCCCCGCGCCCCCCCCGCCCCCGGCGACCGCCCCCCCCGGCGAGCCCGGCCCCCCCGGCGCCCCCCCCGCCGAGCCCGGCCCCCCCGACGGCAGGGAGCCGGCAGCUCCCUGGGGUGCCCCGCCGGGCGCCCCCCCCCCACCGCCGCCCCCGCCGCCGCCCCCGCCGCCCCCCCCGCCCGGCGGUGGGGGGGGGGCGGCGGGGGGGGCCCCUUUGGGCGCGCUGCUGGCGGCGCUGGCCCGCGGCACCCGAGGAAGGGGAGCUGCAGCUGCAGCCCCGGCUGGCGCCCGCCCGCGCCGGCCUCUGCCGCCUGGUCGAGGCCCUGGCCGGGGCCCAGCGACGGCCCCAGGAGCUCGGCGCCCGCCUCGCCGCCCGCCCGGAGCUGGCGGAGGCGGCGCGCGGCCUCACCCGGGAGCUGCUACGCGACAACCGGCGCCUGCAGGACUCGGCCAUGCAGCUGCAGGAGAAGCACCACCGCGUCUCCCUGGAGCUGGCCGAGCUGCAGGACAAGGCCACCUCGGCGGAGACCAAGGUGCUGGAGAUGGAGACCACGGUGGAGGACCUGCAGUGGGACAGCGCCAAGCUGCGCAAGCGCGAGCACAAGCUCAACCGCCACCUCGCCGAGGCCCUCGAGCAGCUGAACUCGGGCUACUACGCGUCGGGGAGCUCGGGGGGCUUCCAGGGGGGGCAGAUCACCCUCAGCAUGCAGAAGUUUGAGAUGCUGAACGCCGAGCUGGAGGGCAACCAGGACCUGGCCAACAGCCGCAUGGCCGAGCUGGAGAAGCUACAGCAGGAGCUGCAACAGGCCGUGCGGGGCCACGAGCGCCUCAAGGUGGCCCUGCGCUCGCUGCCGGAGGAGGCGGUGAAGGAGACGCUGGAGUACAAGGUGCUGCAGUCGCAGUUCUCGCUGCUCUACAACGAGAGCCUCCAGGUGAAGACGCAGCUCGACGAGGCCCGCGCCCUGCUCCUGGCCACCAAGAACAGCCACCUGCGACACAUCGAGCACAUGGAGAGCGACGAGCUGAACCUGCAGAAGAAGCUGCGCACGGAGGUGAUCCAGCUGGAAGACACCCUGGCCCAGGUGCGCAAGGAGUACGAGAUGCUGCGCAUCGAGUUCGAGCAGAACCUGGCCGCCAACGAGCAGGCGGGCCCCAUCAACCGGGAGAUGCGGCACCUCAUCUCCAGCCUGCAGAACCACAACCACCAGCUCAAGGGCGACGUCCAGCGCUACAAGCGCAAGCUGCGCGAGGUGCAGGCCGAGAUCGGCAAGCUCCGCCUCCAGGCCAGCGGCGCCCCCCCCACCGCCGGCGGCCCCGCCCCCCCGCCCGCGGCCCCGCCCCUCCCCGCCCCGGGCCCCGCCCCCGCCGCCGAGGAGGCGGGGCCGGCCCCGCCCAAGGAGGAGGAGCCGGCGGCCGGCGCCGCGGCGGCGACGUCGUCGGCGGGCGGGGCGGGGCCGGCCCCGCCCGGCCCCGCCCCCCGGGAGCCCGGCCCCGCCCCCGCGGCCCCGCCCCCGGCCCGGGGGGAGGCGGAGCCCGGGCGCCGCGCGGGGGGGGUGGAGGAGGAGGAGCCUCCCGCCGCCCCGCCCGGCGCCGCCCCGCCCCCGCGAGCCCCCCCCGCCACCGCCGCCCCCCCCGCAGGGGGAGGAGGGGGCCGGGCGGGGGGGUGGCGGGGCGGGGCCGAGCGCGGCAGGCCCCGCCCCCCCGGCCCCGCCCCCCCGGAGGAGCCCAAGAAGAAGGACGGGGAGCUGCUCAAGCAGCUGCGGGCGGAGCUCAAGAAGGCGCAGGAGAGCCAGAAGGAGAUGAAGCUGCUGCUGGACAUGUACAAGUCGGCGCCCAAGGAGCAGCGCGACAAGGUGCAGCUCAUGGCCGCCGAGCGCAAGAGCAAGGCCGAGGUGGAGGAGCUGCGGGGGCGGGCGCGGGAGCUGGAGGAGCGGGAGCGGCGGGAGAGCAAGAAGCUGGCGGACGAGGACGCCCUGCGGCGCCUGCGCCAGGCCGAGGAGCAGAUCGAGCACCUGCAGAAGAAGCUGGCGGCCACCAAGCAGGAGGAGGAGGCGCUGCUGUCGGAGAUGGACGUGACGGGCCAGGCCUUCGAGGACAUGCAGGAGCAGAACCUGCGGCUGCUGCAGCAGCUGCGCGAGAAGGACGACGCCAACUUCAAGCUGAUGUCGGAGCGCAUCAAGGCCAACCAGAUCCACAAGCUGCUGCGCGAGGAGAAGGACGAGCUCGCCGAGCAGGUGCUCGCCCUCAAGGCCCAGGUGGACGCGCAGCUGCUGCUGGUGCAGAAGCUGGAGGAGAAGGAGCGGGUGCUGCAGGGCAGCCUGGGCGCCGUGGAGAAGGAGCUGGCGCUGCGCUCGCAGGCCCUCGAGCUCAACAAGAGGAAGGCGGUGGAGGCGGCGCAGCUGGCCGAGGACCUGCGGGCGCAGGGGGAGCACGUGCAGGGCCGCGUGCGGGAGCUGCAGGCCUGCGCUGCCGAGAACCGCGCCGCCAAGGACAAGGAGUCCCUCAGCCUCAAGCGGGCCCAGGAAGAGCUGUCGCGGCUGCGGCGCAAGCUGGAGAAGCAGCGCAAGGUGGAGGUCUACGCCGACGCCGACCAGAUCCUCCAAGAAGAGAUCAAGGAGUACCGGGCCCGGCUGACCUGCCCGUGCUGCAACGCCCGCAAGAAGGACGCGGUGCUCACCAAGUGCUUCCACGUCUUCUGCUUCGAGUGCGUCAAGAGCCGCUACGACACGCGCCAGCGCAAGUGCCCCAAGUGCAACGCCGCCUUCGGGGCCCACGACUUCCACCGCGUCUACAUCAGCUGAGCCCCACGGCUGCCCCACGGCGGCCUCGAGGCGUCCAUGGGUGUCCAUGGGUGCUCCACACCACCCAUGGCCACCACGACGUCCUCCAGCGCGAUUGCCCCCAGCUCAACACCGCCUUGGCCUCCAUGGUUUCCACCGCGUCUACGUCGGCUGAGCCCCACGGCUGCCCCACGGUGGCCUCGAGGUGUCCAUGGGUGUCCAUGGGUCCUCCACGCCACCCAUGGCCACCACGACGUCCUCCAGCGCGAUUGCCCCCAGCUCAACGCCGCCUUGGCCUCCAUGGUUUCCACCGCGUCUACGUCGGCUGAGCCCCACGGCUGCCCCACGGCUGCCCCACGGCGGCCUCGAGGUGUCUAUGGGUG